UGAGGGGAAUCUGAAGAGCGGAUGCGUGUUUGUUUUCACUGUUUCAGUCUUACACUUUUUGUGAAAUUACGUUUUGUUUAUUGUUUAUUGUUUAUGUUAAAUACUAAGCUUGGUUGGUUUGUUUGAGCAGUCAUGCAGAUUUGUGUAGUGUGUAGCGAGAAAAUUCCCAAAUACAGAUGUCCUGUGUGCAGAAUAAGAUACUGUUCUUUAGGGUGCUUUAAGAAACACAAAAGUGAUGACUCGUGCCAGCCAGUGAAAGAUGUCACACCUCCUGCACCAUGUCCAGCUUCCAGUCAGAGUGCGGCAGAGCCCUGGACGGUUGAUUACCUCCUGGAUGAGGACAGUCAGUCUGACAGAGUUCCUCUGCAGAAACUUCAGCUAUUAGGUGAAUCAAAAGAUCUGAAGACUCUGCUGCAGAAUCCACACCUGAGGAAUCUGAUGCUGACUGUCGAUUCAGCCGAGGAUAAAUCCAAAGCGAUGAAGGACGCCAUGCAGGAGCCGCUGUUUGUAGAGCUCGCCAACCAGUGCUUACAGAUUAUUGAGCCAACAGAAAUACGAGAUGAUGAUGACGACGAUGAAUAGUAAACAAUUCACUCAGACUAGUGCUUGAUGAAAAACCUGUGUGUGUGUGUGUGUGUGUGUGUGUGUGUGCGCACGAGUACUGAUUCAAUGCAAAUAUGGAAUAUACUUCAUUUUAGUCUUCCCUGGAUUACAGGAGUUUAAGAUUCAGUACGUGCUUGCAAACGCAGUCUAUUAAAAGUAUUUGUUUAUAGUU